UGAAGACAUAGGUGGAUGCUGCAGAGAAAAAGAAGGUUCCAGUCCCCUGCACAGCUUCAUAUGACACCAUAGUAGCUGCACAAAAAGAUCCUUUCAUUAUCGCAAAACUCCAAUUCUUUCUGGCAAUUUCAAGAACUUUCAACCCCUUCUUGACAAAAUUCCAAACUGAUGAGCCAGUGUUGCCCUUCUUGGCCAGAGAUUUGACUGAGCUGCUGAUGAGUUUACUGAGGCGGUUCGUUCAACGAGAACUCACUGAGGACCUCACACCCCUGCAGCUGAUCAAAAUUGAUCUAACAGAUGAAAGGAACUUGAUGUCCCCAAAGAGUGUAGACAUAGGCCUGGGAGCAGAAUCUGCUAUCAAGGAACUUCAGAGCAAACCAGGAUUCAAGGUUGGUGAGCUUUCUGUGCUCACCUUCAGACGAGAAUGUUUGCAGGGCCUGGUUAAGGUUGUUGUGAAGCUACAGGAGAAAAGCCCCCUGAAGUUCCAAGUGGUCAGGCAGACAGCAUGUUUGGACCCUUCAAGAAUGCACAGAGAUCCUGAUUGGUGCAUCAGACAGAUGAAGGGAAUAGUGCAAACAUUCCUCCAGGGCAAACAUUUGGCAGGUGGCAUCCCAGCUGGUGAUGUCAUCAUUCAGCAGUUUACAUCAUUGCUGUCUCUUGAGGCUAGAGGUGAACAGUUCCGCUCUUUCCAGCCUUUCAAGCAACGUGUGGAUGUGUUUCUACACUUGACCCUCAGCCCAUCCUACAUGGACCUGUUGAGAUUCUGCCAGAGCGUUUUACUUCUUUUCAAGCCACCGUGGAGAGGGGCUUCUCCAUUAACAAGGAGGUGGAAACCUGUAACCUUCUAGGUGAAUCCUUGGAGGCACUGAGGUUAAUCUGUGACAAUGUUAGUAGCUGUGGUGGUGUCCUCAAGGUGCCUUUAACCAAGGACUUGCUGGCUUCUGUGGCCUCAGCAAGGUCCCAGUACAGGCUCUACCUGGAGCAAGAGCGUAAAAAGAGGGAGAGUGAUGCUCAAACACAGAAAAGGAAGGUCGCAGAGGACGAACUACAGGAGCUCAAGCAGCAACGCAAAGUCCUGGACGAAGUCUGUGCCAUCCUUGAAAAUGAUGCCAACAAAUUAGCUGAGGAGGCAGAGGGGAAAGCUGGGUCAAAAAUGGUUCAGCUAAUCACCAAAUCAAACACACUUAGAAGGAGACACAAGGAGAAAAAAAGAGGAACUGGUCAAAAUGGACAAAACUAUUGAGGAAAAAGCCAUGGAAUUAAGGCACUUGCCAUAGGAUAUUUUGCCCAAAAGUUCAUAUUAGGCCUAUAGCACAAGUGCAAACAAUAGUUCACCAGUUCAUGUUUCCAAUUUGUGAAAAUAAAACAGUUCAUAGAAGAUAUCAGUUUGGAAUGCAUCAACUUGCAGUAAAUUCCAGUGUGCUGGAACUGUCCAUUCUCUCCAUUGCACAUUUUAUGUUUGUUUUAUUUUCUAAGUAAAAUAAAUAUGUGCAAUACGUUGUCAACAUCAGUGAGUC